UCCGGCGUCAUGUCCGAGGCCGACAUCCAACAGCAUCUCUGUCGCCACGGACUGUCCACCUUUGUUUUGUGCACCUCCGCACCUCCGCCCAUUGUAUAUGACCUCCAAAGAGGGUGCGUGACUGUAACCCCGCCCCUCCACGCCCGACGCUACCGAGACGUUGUGAGAAAAAAAGCUAUAACAAGAGGCGGGAAACUGAGCCCUGGACACCAGUGCGGAGUGAAGUUCCCAUAUCCCCUUCAUUGUCCCAAAAGUAACCGGUUCGUCAUCCGCGACCUUCUCCGCCCGGACCAUAUUUAUUCCCCUCUCUUCCCUCCUGUUCAAGCAUCCUUCAUUACCCCGCAAUGCACCUCCCGCGGCCCACCCUCGCUCCCCUUUUCUCCCACCCAGCCCGGGUUAACGCUCUCCGCCCUCAAGCACUCCUUCGGGGGGCACACCAGCCAUCUGGCGAGCCCGCCCCGAUCAGCGCCGCCGCUGUAGCAGCAUGGGCCGAGUCUGUGCUCGAGGUCCCCCAUCAUGCGCACGACAACAUUACGCUCUCGACGGCGCUGAAGCUGUAUGCGACGCUCCCCACCCGGUCCGGGCCGAUCUACUCCACGCCCCCACCGACAGUUGCAGGCCUCCCCUUUGGUCCGGGGCACCACUUGGUCCUCUUUCCCCCGAUUGCGCCGGAAGCCGAGCUCAACCCAGACGGUACGGAGCCGAUGUUCACCCCUCCGCUACCAUGGUCGCGCCGGAUGUGGGCAGGUGGGGAAAUGGAGUGGGUACCGGACAACGAACUGCGGAUCGGGGAUGCGGUGAAGUGCGAGAGUGCAAUCGAUACGGUGGAGGAGAAGGGGUGGAGGGACGACAAGCCCAAGCUGUUUGUCUGGCAGAGACACAAGAUCAGUAACAAUAAGGGUGUUGCCUUGGUGGAUCGGAGGGCGCAUGUCUUCCAGCCGAUGGGAGUGGACGGAGAAGUAAGUCAACCACGGGACAAGCCCAACCCAGACCUCCCUGACCCAGACUUCUCCGUCUCCUUCACACCCUCCGAUCUCACCCUCUUCCGCUUUUCUGCGCUGACCUUCAACGCCCAUAAGAUCCACUACGACGCCGCCUAUGCGAAAUCGGAAGGACAUCCGGGCCCCUUAGUGCACGGGCCCCUCACCGCGCUCCUAUUGCUCGAAGCCGCAAACUUCCUCCUUCCGCCGAGCGGGAGGUUCCUGCGCUUCCGCUACCGCGCCGUCCGCCCGCUCGUUGUCGGAAAGGAGAUCACCUUCUUGGGCAGCUGGAGGCCUGGGGCGAGGGGCGAGCUCACCCUUUGGGCGCAGGACGACGAAGGCCGGGUUGGCAUGUGGGGCGAAGCACAUAUGACUGGUCUGCAUUGAUUGAGUCGCUUCGACGAUAGUGGGGACUGUUGAACGAAUUGGGUCACAAAGGCUGGAAGACCCAUAUCUCCAAAGGCGCUUUAUCUAAGGAAUUCCGGAACGUAAUAUGCUUCUCUCGACGCUUACCCUCCUUCAUCGGUUUCAUGACCUCAAAUGACCGAAACAAGUCAUAAUCCCGCCAUCCCGCCAAACCCUCGUAUCUAUCCAUAUGUCACCGCAAUGUUGUACCUAAU